AUGGGCAAUUCAUACGCAGGGCAGUUGAAAUCUGCCCGUUUUGAAGAAGCUCUUCAUAAUUCAAUAGAAGCCUCUCUUCGGUGUAAUAAUGUUGUACCACGGCCUGUGUUCUCACAACUGUAUCUGAAUGCUGACAGCCCCACCUCUUCCCCUGAUGGCAUUGAUGUGAAACCUAAAUUGGAAGAACUUGACAAAGAUUUUGUCCAAAGGUACACAGAGAAUGGUAGUGUGGAUUAUUCUGCCAUUCCCUCUGUUACUGGGAUGGAUGAUGAAGAUGAGGAGGAGGAAGAUGUGUCAGAUUCUAGCAGCCCUCCUCUUCCUUAUGCUCAGAAACCAGCUCCUGAAGGAUCUUGCACUAUAGAUGGCUUCUGCCAAGCGGGGAAGGACUUGAGGUUAGUGUCGCUCUGCACAGAACAGAUUGAGGUACCUUCAGGCUUCCUGUUAGUUGGGGCAAAAACACCGAACCUCCCUGAGCAUAUUCUAGUUUGUGCUGUUGACAAGCGAUUCCUGCCAGAUGAUGAUGGAAAAAAUGCACUUUUAGGGUUUUCUGGAAAUUGUGUUGGCUGUGGAGAGAGAGGCUUCAGGUACUUCACAGAAUUCUCCAAUCACAUUAACCUGAAACUCACAACUCAACCAAAAAAACAAAAGCACUUAAAGUAUUACUUAGUAAGGAACUCUCAGGGAGCUCUUUGUAAAGGUCCACUUAUCUGCUGGAAAGAAUCUCGAUGUCGCCAGUUUCCGGCAGUCAUUCCGCUAAGUAAACCUGUUGCACUGCCUUUAUCUAUUGAAAAUUCUGGCAGCAAUGGAUUUAAAACAAGCUAUCCACAUUCAGAAAUGUCAUCCUUUACUUCUGUCAAAACCACCACUGCUCUUAAUUCAAAUGUACCUCAAGAUCUUUCCCGUAAUAAAGGGAUAGUGAAGCCUCUGCCACUUCCUGCACAUAUAGUGGGAAAGUCCUAUCCUACAUCGCCUCCCUCUUUUCAAGCUUCUGAGAUUUGCAAUGGAAAUGUGAGUGGCGGAAGAACUAUAGUAUUAAAUCCUGCACCUUCCCAGCCUGUCUCUCUAUCACCAUCCCCAAGUCCUGGCAAUGUGACUGGAGAAAUUGGAAUGGAAACUUCCAAAGCAUCAGUUACAUUUUCAGGCCCACCAAAGAAAAGACACAGAGGUUGGCCUCCUAACUCCCCAGUUCAAGCACCAGCGCUGCCAGUCUCUGCACCUCCUCUCCGUCCAGUCGCAAAAGCAGCCUCUUUACCACAGCCAAUAUUGGGUGGAGUUUUUCAGCCCCAGCCUAUUCCUGCUGGGGAGACAGUAAUUGUGCCAGAAAAUUUGUUAAACAAUUCAGGUGUCCGACCUGUCAUUCUGAUAGGGUAUGGCGCACUACCUUACUUUUAUGGCAAUGUAGGAGAUAUUGUUGUAAGCCCAUUACUUGUCAACUGCUACAAGUUACAACAGCUAGAGAAGAAGGAACUAGAUCAGAUGGGAGUGACCAGCAGCCAGUUUAUGACCACUGAGAAUAUGAUUCUGCUGACUAUACAGUACCUUGUACAACUUGGUCCUGAUCAAAUACCAAUCCGGGAAGUGUUUGAACAGAUUGUACUCAAAGCUUUGCAAGAGUUCACUUAUAAAGAACGCUCCUUGCAGAUAGGAUCCCCUGGGAUUUGUGUGUCACAGGCACAACUACCGUGGCUUGCCAGACUUUCAGCCAGUGUAUCGCUAGACCUAGUGCACGUACUUGUUACCCAGCAUGCCCUGGCAGAGGGCAUCUCAGAGACACUCAGAUCUCUCAGUGAAUUAAAGCACCAGCAAAAACUGCCAGACUAUGUGGUAGUAAUUUGUUCCUCAAAAGUGCGCGGCAAUGAAUUUUGUAUAAUUGCGCUGGGGAAAUACCAGUCGCGAGUUCUUGCAGAGAGCAUGCUUACAACAAGUGAGUUCUUAAAGGAGAUCAGCUAUGAACUUAUCACUGGCAAAGUUGGCUUCUUGGCAUCACAUUUCAAAACCACAUCACUUGGUGACGAUUUAGACAAGUUAUUGGAGAAAAUACAGCACAAAAGAGGAGAUAAUGUUGUUGUCCCUUUUAAUGGUGAUGUCAAGGAUUGUGUAUCAUGUCAAGAAGCCGCUAGCAUGAUUCCUACUCAAGCCCGAGGUAAUGUUGUAAUAACUGUAACUUCCCAGAUCUAUCGUCCUCAGCUGAUGGUUGCAAGGAAGCUUUUGUCCCCUGUGUGCACCAUAGCAGACAGUGGCAGUCAGAGUCUUGAUUUAGGGCGUAUCAGCAAAGUUGAUUUCGUCAUUCUGCUCCCUCGAUCAGAAGUUUUGGUUCAGCAGAACUCUAAGAGAAUUCGACUUUCAGGUGUGCUUAACGACCUGGGACUAGAAGAAAAUACAUCUCUAAAUCAGAGAGCUGAGAAAUACAUUCUCCGCUUGGAUGGUGACGUUCAAACCAAGUUUGAUGCCUUUCUGAAAAAAGUUAAACAGAAUCCUUACACACUAUUUGUUCUCAUCCAUGACAAUAGCCAUGUGGACUUAAAUAGUGCUGAUUCAGGAACACUCUCACAUGGAGAUCCCUCCCAGGGCUUGUCCGAUCGCAUAAUUAACAGCAAAGAAGUUCAAGAGGCUGUGAAUAUGAUUGUGCUCCAAGUCAGUUCGUUCCCAUAUGCAUUGCAGACACAGCAAUCCAAGAUCAGCCCUAGUAAUGAAGUGCACUGGAUUCAAGCGGGCACGGCUGACGAAGAAAGCAGUGAACAGAAGCUUUACUUUGGCAUAAAUGAAUAUAGCAAAUCUCUACAGUGGGGUAUUACAAGUCCUCUUCUGCGAUGCGAUGAGACGUUUGAAAAGAUGGUUAAUACCCUUUUAGAAAGAUACCCCAGACUGCAUAGCAUGGUGAUUCGUUGCUAUCUCCUUAUUCAGCAAUAUUCUGAAGCUCUGAUGGCUCUCACAACCACGGCAUCACUCAGAGACCAUACAACUCCUGAGACCCUGAGUAUAAUGGAUGACCUCCUCAGCUCGCCAGGCAAGAACAAAAGUGGUUUGGGGCACAUGCUUAUUAUCCGGGUGCCAUCUGUGCAGCUGGCCAUGCUUGCAAAGGAGAGGCUUCAGGAAGUGAGAGACAAACUUGGGUUGCAGUACCGCUUUGAAGUCACCCUUGGUAAUCCUGCUUCGGAGCUCACCAUUGCUAAGCACUUUAUUACUCGGCUAAAGGUCUGGAGAGGAUGUGAGCAUGAGGAAUGGGUACCAAAAACAUUUUGUGAUCUGGAAGGGCUGCCCUGUAUUGUAAUUCUUACUGGCAAGGAUCCUCUUGGAGAGACCUUCCCAAGAUCACUGAAAUAUUGUGACCUUCGAUUAAUAGACUCCAGCUUUUUAACUCGAACUGCACUGGAACAAGAAAUAGGCUUGGCUUGUUGUUAUGUUUCUAAAGAAGCUGUUAGAGAACCAAUGAGUGCAAUGGACCUCAGUGACAAAGAGGUGGACAGGACUAACAUCAGUGAUAAUGAAUCUGAUGAACUGUUUAUUGACUUGGAGCGACCCCAUAGCAAUAGCAGUGCAGUCACAGGAACCUCAGGCUCUAUAGCAGAGAAUGGGGUCAGCUCCUCAAGUGCGGCAGACGAUAUUCAGAGGCAGCCUGCAAACCUCAACUUCCAGAAUGUGGCUAACAGCUCAGUAGAUGAAGGAACCUACGCAAACUCUACAGCCAGUGAUAUUUGUAAACCAGAAUGUGACUCUUUGGGAAGCCAAAUGGCAAGCAGCACCACUCCAAAACUGUCAUCCUCUCCAUCACAGACUUUUCAGUGGGCUUCCCAGUCAGGCAAGGAGAGCAGGACUAUGCAUCAAGCACUGCCACGCAUUGUAAUCCUUUCCAGGGCUACAUACAAUCUCUUGGUGCCCCAGAAAAGUGGGCAAGCACCUUCUGCUAUUUCUCUCUUACCCCAUGCAGAUGUGACUUGGCUGAGAUCCUUAAGGCCUUUAAUACACAAAGAUAUGAGCAGUGAAGACCAGUCCUUGUAUUACAGACAGUGGACAACAGCCAGACAACACCAUGCUGACUUUAACGCCAGUGAACCGGCUGGAUCAAGGACUACCCAUCCACGACGUCUACUUCUUAUUGGCCCACCCCAGGUAGGAAAGACUGGUGCUUACUUGCAGUUUUUAAGGAUACUGUAUCGCAUGCUUAUUCGUCUCCUAGAGGUGGAUGUGUAUGAUGAAGAAGAGCUAAAUACAGAGGACUGUAGUAUUGAUGAAGUUGCGGCUACGGACCAGGAUGAGUGGCCAGACAUUGAGGUCUUCAGCAAAAUUCCUUUUGACAUGACUGUACAUGAUCCUAAGUAUCAACAUACCAGCCCAUUGUUUAAAGAAAGAAUGUCCCACUCUACACAAGAUUUGCAAAUAGAUGACACGGUAUUAGAACCAAAGAAGCGUGACACUGUCUCUAUGAUGCUUACUAAAUAUGCGGCAUACAACACUUUCCAUCACUGUGAACAGUGCAGUCAGUAUAUGGAUAUCGGUUCUGCAGCACAGAUCCCAGAAUCUACCUUACAUGCUUUCACAUUCUCAUCUUCUAUGCUGGGAGAAGAGGUUCAGCUUCAUUUUAUCAUCCCCAAAUCUAAGGAGCAUCAUUUUGUCUUCAGCAAGCAAGGAAACCACUUGGAAAGCAUGCGCCUUCCCCUGGUCACUGAUAAGCAAAAUCCAAAUACGGUGAAAAGCCCAAUUUUUACUCCUUCAAGUGGACGACAUGAACAUGGACUUCUGAACCUCUAUCAUGCCAUGGAAGGAACCGGUCACCUACACAUAAUGGUAGUCAAGGAAUAUGAAAUGCCACUUUAUCGUAAAUACUGGUCAAACCACAUAAUGCUGGUGUUGCCUGGAAUGUUCAACAAUGCUGGGGCUGGUGCCUCAAGAUUCUUAAUUAAAGAGCUGUCCUAUCACAACCUAGAACUGGAGAGAAAUCGUUUGGAGGAAGUUGGUGUCAAACGCCAAUGUGUGUGGCCUUUUAUUGUUAUCAUGGAUGAUUCCUGUGUUUUGUGGAAUGUACAUGGUAAAAGCCAGGAACAGACAAGCCAAUCCGUGGAGACCCACAGUGGCAUUAGGAAUGUAUCCCUGAAGUAUGUCCUACAGCAUAUGGAGGCUACUCCAAAAAUCACAAACUAUGCAUUGCUAGGGAUCCAGAAAUGGAACAGCAAGCUGAAUACCGGUUUACCAAAGCGCUCGUUCUCCAGGUGCCAUAUUCAUGAUUUCAUACUCCUGAAUGUGGAUCUGACCCAGAAUGUGCAAUAUGAUCUAAACAGGUAUUUCUGUGAAGAUAUUGAUUUUAACCUGAGAGCAAACAGUGGUGAUCUGCCAAUCUGCCGAUUCAAUAAUUUCAGCCUUAUGAAAAAGCAUAUUCAUAUUGGAGGGCACAAAGACUUCAUUAUCAAGCCCAAAAUUAUAAUAACUGAAAGCAUGACUCCGAUUUCUCCAAUGCAAUAUGUAUGUGCCCCUGACAGUGAGCAGACACUGCUGGCAGCGCCGGCCCAGUAUUUGCUAGAGAAAUUCCUUCAGCACAGUUCUCACAAGCUCUUUCCAAAGGCUAUAAACAACUGGAGGAACCCAGUACUGGCUGUUGACUGUUACCUGAACUUAGGACAAGAGGUGACUUUGUGCUAUGUAAGUUCAAGGCCACACUCGGUUAAUGUGAACUGUGAAGGCGUUGGGUUCAGCGGGUUACUGCUUUAUUUAUGCGACUCUUUCGUCUGUGCCACCAUGUUGAAGAAGUUCUGCUUUCUUAAAGGUGCAACCCUUUGUGUAAUUUGCCAAGACAGAAGCUCGCUCCGUCAGACUAUAGGACGAUUAGAGCUUGAAGAUGAAUGGCAGUUUCGUUUACGAGAUGAAUUUCAGACUGCCAACUGCAGUGAUGACAAACCAUUAUAUUUCCUUACGGGACGACACAUAUGAAUUACAUGAAGAUAAUAAUGGCAGAGACAGACUGUAAGGAUCAGAAGACAUUUUCCUUGGUAGAGAAUCCUGCAUUCCUAAUGAAAAUGAUCUGCUUGGACUCUUCAUGCAUGGAAACGAGCCAAUGUGGUGGUAGCUCGUGGACUGUUUGUGUUUACUCUUGGACUGAUAAAGAUGUAACCUAUCAAACUGUUACCCCUGUUGGCUGGAGUGUGUCCUUUGUCUUAUUUCAUGGAUCGGUCAUCCAUGAACCUGCUGCUUCUCUUGGUCACUAGGCCUUUACUCAGGGAUUCGGAAUUAUCAAAUAUUGGAUGCUCUCUUCCUCUUUCAGUGUUAGCUUUAUAAUUGCUUCUGCAUACAUUUGUUUUUUCCAUGCUAUAUCAAUACUGCAGCAGCUGGCAAUACCACAAGGGAAAUUUGAUUGCCAUCUUCUUGGCAUUUUUUUACCACUUUACAAAUUAUUGUGUCAGAUAAUUAGGCUAGUAACUAGUUGACACGUGGCAAAAGGUUUUUGGCCAUGUAGCAAUAUAGCUAUGGAUUUAAAUAAUUAAAUUGGAGAAACCAUCUUGUUUAAGGCGUUGAAAGGUAAAAAUCUUAAAAAUAUUUUUUAUAAGCAAGAGAUAUCUUCAUGUGCAUUUUAUUUCAUGUUGCUACCUAUCUUCAGCAUGGCUAGCUUCUUGCUUGCUUACCAGUGUUAAAGAGACCGUAAACACCUUGUAACUACAAGAUAUUUCUGUUGUCUUGCUACAGAAUAACAUAGCAGCAAAGUAUGAAUAUCUCUAAAACAAAUCACAACUGUUUGCUGCAUUUGUUUUUCAGUAGCCAAACUCCACCCAUUAUUUGUCUAAUAUGGAGGAGUCAUUGCAAGCUUGAGUCUGCAGCAAAGAAGGUUAGCCACAGUCAUAUUGCUAAUAUAAGGUUUAUUGUUUUUCAAAUCUCAUCUGUUAAAGCCAGUUAGGGAAAUAUAUACAGUAGGAUUCGCCUUGCAAUCUACAGUGUGGCUUUCCAAGUCUGAGAAUUAGAAAAGCCACCAUUUUCAGAGCUAAAUUACAUGCAAAGGGGGCAAAAUAAAGUAUAUUGCAAAGUUGUUUUACUAUGCAUAACUAAACAUUUUUUUAUUUAAAUCAGGUGUUUACUGUCCCUUUAAUAAAAUAAAUAAAGAUUGAAAGAUGCUGUAUGACAACCAGGGAUGUGCAGUCAUCUCUUUUGUUAGAAAACGAAUGACAAAUAUGUCCGUUGCCAGCAGCAUUCGGAUUUGCACAGAUCUUAAUGUGUUGCAGUUUAACAAGAAGAUAUCCGGCUCUGAUAACUGAAUUCUGCUGGCGACCGCCAUAUUCAGCAUUAGUUUGCUAACGAAAGAGACAUCCCUUACAACUACCAAAUCAUAUUAGGAGUCAGAUUGCCAGUGCAUAAAACAUGUAACUGCUGCAAAAAAUAAAAUAGUAUUUUGCAGGUACUACUGGUCUCAGCAUUCUGUUGUAUUACAUAUUUUAUUUGGACGGCUUAUAAAUAAAAUGCACACUAUGUAUGCAGCUUAUCAAUACAUAAAUAUUAAUUGUAUACACCUGCAAUCAAAUGCAUUAUAUGAAUGGGCAUAUCCUUGCUGGCCUUAUUGAUAUGCAAGUCACAAUCUUUAAUGAACCACUUUAUUUUGUCCUAAAAGCCUUGUGUAGUUUAGCAAUCCUAUUAUUAACAUAUGAAAUGUUUACAAAUUAUAACAAAGUAUUUAAUAUAUUAAAGACUCUCUAGCUUACAUGUAAUAUACAUUGAGUUGUAUAGCAUAUUUUAAAUUAAAUGUUCUUUUUUUUUUUAAUUAUUUUUAUAUUAUGGGGGUAUCAGACUGUUCCAAACCUAAUUGCUUGGGUGUCUGGGGUUAAAUAUCCUCAGAGAGGUGCAGAUAAAUUGGAACUAGAUACAAUGCUCAGUAAUGGUGAAUACAAGGUUUAAACAACCUAAUUUUUUCAAUGAACUUUGUAUUAGUAAAGAUGUUGUCACUAAAAAAUAUCCUGUAGCUUUUACUUUCCACAAGCACGUGGAGCGUAUGUACAUAUGCCCGGUGCACAGGCAUUCACACAGCGUUGCUCCAUGGCAGGAGUAUCUACUAGGUGGUUUUAGUUACAAAUACUCAAUAUCUGUAAUCAUUGAAGCAAUUCAUUUCACCUCUGGUUCUCUCAACAGGAAUGCCUUUUGAAUACAAGGACAUAUAUACAUAUACUACUCAUGCCCAAUAUGCACCACCACUGAAACGUUUUUGAUGAUAAUAUUUUGGUACUAUAAAGUAUAAUACAAAAAUGUAUGGGGGGGGGGGGUCCAAACUGAAAUUCAGUUUUGACUGUUAAGUCCCUAUAAAAACACAUAUUCCACAGAUAAAUUAACAUCAGUAAAUAUUUAACCAAACUAUAUCUCUUUUGAAUGUUAUUCUGCAAAUAACCUGUUCAUCAAGUUUUGCAUUUUAAGUCAAUUAAACAGUUUAAGAGAUUUAGAACAUAGACAUCAUUGCAUUCUCUGAAUAGAUAUUAUUUGAAGGCUUAUAUUCUUCCAAAACGUCACAGCUUAGAGUAAAUAUUCCGAUCUCUAUUUGUUAGUAUUAAAUAUAUGCAUAUGUUUUGUAUAUGUAUGUAUAGCCAUGUGUAGUAGAGCUUCUUACUGCCAAAACAUCAUGUAGUGCAAUACAUUUUCCUUUUAUCCUGCUAUUUUUUUUUCUCUCAGUUUGCACUAAAAUUAUUCCAAUAACAGGUAUAGGACAACUGUUUGUACUGUAAGAAUGCCUCUAAAAUGUAGUCAAUAUUUUACUUGUAAAUUUUCAUCUGAGAUUGUUAGAAUAUAUAAAUCUUUGUACAUCCAUGCUACUAUUCUAUUAUGCUUUCAUGGUUCUCAAUAAAACAGCAUUGAGCAGAUCAUAGAAAAUUCUUAAAAUGAAUGUAAACUGAAUCUAUUCUGUUUGUCACCAUGUUUAUUAUACUUUUGUAACUUAUACAUUUUUUGUGUGUGUAACCGAAGGGGUUUGAAAUAUGCUGCUUUUAUAAAUGUUAUUUCUUGACCAAA